AUCAGCACAGGCUUCAGCAGGGAGCAGGAGCGGGGAGCGCAGGGCAUCUCAUACCAGAAAACUUGAGCGCUCCCGAGCAGAGCAGCUCAGUUUUGGGAGGGCCCUAGACUUCAGUUCCCCAGCUCACAACUGCGGACCUGGAGAGACUUUCAUCCUGGGCGGUGCCCACCUGCUGCCUUAGCUUUUCUUUUCUUCUUACUAUUCUGUUCUUCCCCACCCAGGGCAUUUUUUCCAUAGCCCUCAGGGUUGUCUGAUCUCUUUAAUCAAGCUCUCCUGGCACGGUCUCACUGCAUGCCCCCAGCCUCCCAUCUCUUUCUGUUUUCACAGUUGUGGGCCUGGAGGGAUCACUCUUUCUCACCUACUGUGUUAAUUCUGCUUCUCAAAUGUAAGUGACACAGAGACCACCGACCUGCCCUGCCCGUGAGACACUUCUCUGGAGGGACACCAGUUGAAGCAGAAGCCUAACCAUGCAUUGUGGAGAACUAUUCUUGAUACUCUGUGUUCUCAUUGUUAAAAAUGCCUCAAAAAAUUGCAUUCACCGCCCACAAAUUCACACGCUAGAGGGGGAGCCUUUUUAUCUGAAGCCCUGUGGUGUAUCUUCAUCCGUGCACAAGAAUGGGACAGCCACUAUACGAUGGUUCAAAGGCAACGCUUCCCAUGGAUAUGGAGAGCUGAACACUGAGAGCUCACCCAGAAUUACUUUGCAUGGUUACGAUUUGGAAUUCUGGCCAGUUGAGCUGGAGGACGAGGGAACAUACUUUUCCCAAGUGGGAAAUGAUCAGCAAAAUUGGACCCUAACUGUCAUCAAAAGAAAUGAACACAGCUGCUUUUCUGAAAAACUUGUGAAAAAUAGAAAUGUAGAAGUCAAGAAAUCUCUGGAUAUACCAUGUGAAAACCCUAACUACAGUGAGCUAACCAACCACACAUCAUUGUAUAAGAAUUGUAAGGAAAUAGUCAAACCUCCAAUGAUCCCGAAGGACGCUGAAUUUGGAGAUGAGGGCUAUUACACCUGUGUGUUUUCUCUCCACCACAAUGGGAAGCAGUAUAACAUCACCAAGACCGUCAAUAUAACAGUUAUUAAAGGGAACAGUAAAAUAACUCCAGCUAUUUUGGGACCAAAGUUUGACACUGUUAAAGUAGAACUAGGGAAAGAUGUGGAACUUAACUGCACAGCUUUACUGAAUAAAAAUGAUCUGUUUUAUUGGAGCAUCAGGAAAGAAGACAGGUCAAACCCUAAUGUGCACGAAGACAUGAACAAGACAACUUGGACUUCUGAAGGCAAACUGCAUGCUUUUAAAAAACUGAAAAUUCGGAAUAUUACUGAAAAGAAUCUCAAUGUUUUAUAUAAUUGCACAGUGACCAAUGAGGAAGCUACAGACACCAAAAGCUUCGUCUUGGUGAGAAAAGAGAUGGCUGAUAUCCCGGGCCAUGUCUUUAUGAGAGGGAUAAUCGUGGCAGUUUUCAUCUCUGUGGCAGUAGUGUGUGUGGUGACUUUGUGUGUCAUUUAUAAAGUCGACUUAGUUCUAUUCUACAGACGCUUGGCAGAAAGAGACGAGACAUUAACAGAUGGCAAAACAUACGAUGCUUUUGUAUCUUACUUGAGAGAGUGUCAUCCUGAAAAUGGAGAAGAAUACACUUUUGCUGUGGAGACGCUACCCAGGGUCCUGGAGAAACAAUUUGGGUAUAAGCUAUGCAUAUUUGAAAGAGAUGUGGUUCCUGGUGGAGCCAUUGUUGAUGAGAUCCAUUCACUGAUAGAGAGAAGUCGGAGGCUGAUCAUCCUCCUCAGCAAAAAUUACCUGGCUCAUGAAACCAGGCUUGAACUUGAGAGUGGACUCCACAAGGCGCUGGUGGAGAGGAAGAUUAAAAUCAUCUUAAUCGAGUUUCCUCAAGCCAACAGCUUCACUUUUCUGCCCCCAUCCCUGAAGCUCCUGAAGCCCUACAGAGUUCUGAAAUGGAAGACUGACAAUUCACUUUCUUAUAACUCGAGGUUCUGGAAGAAUCUUCUCUACUUGAUGCCUGCAAAAGCCAUCAGGCCAUGGAGAGCAGAAUCAGAAGCUCUGGCAGUUCUUUCAGCUUGGUCUUCAACAAAGCUCCAAGUCAGAACUGAAGGGAGCUGAGCUGAACUGAGCUGAGCCGAGCUGGGCUGGACUGGACUGGACUGGACUGGACUGGACUGGACUGGACUGGACUGGACUGGACUGAACUGAACUGAACUGAACUGAACUCAGCUCAGCUCAGCUCAACUGAACUCAACUCAAGUCAACUCAACAACUGAAGCCCUGCUUGAGGUCAUCCGUGUGCCUUUUCACAACAGGGCCGUUGCUCAAAAUACCAAAUUCUGUGAUCAUCUCUCCCACUCCCAGGUAGAAGAUUAGAUUUGUCAUUGGGUCAUCAUAGAGGAAACAAAACCUGAACUCCCAGAAGAUUUCACAAGAAAUCAGUCUGUUAUUCUUCCUGUCCUUCAAGCAGUGGUUCUCAAUCUGUGGGUCACGAACCCUUGAGCAAACCUCUAUCUUUAAAAAAAUUUACACCAUAAUUAAUAACAGUAGCAAAAUGACAGUUGUGAGGUAGCAAUGAAAAUAAUGCUUUGGUUGGAGAUCACCACAACAUGAGGAUCUGCAUUAAGGGGAGGGUCUAAGCUUUAGGAAGUUUGAGUACCACUGCCCUAGAGCUAUCUGCACUCUAACCCCUCAUUCAGCAAGGGUGCAACUGACACACAGCAGAUUUAUCCUCCAGAACAAGGCAUUUCCUACCAGUCUUUAGUACAUCUUCCAGGGUGCAUAGUUCUCCACCAGGCUCAGGAGGUGGAAGGAGUGGGCGGAUGAGCUGCAUGAGGAGCAGGGAAAGAAGGCGAGGGAAGGCCCCAGGGACUUGGCUUCAGGAUGAGUUUAGUGUUGCGAGGUAUUUCUCAAAAGCUCAGUGAGACAUCAGACAAGAUGUCUUACUUCUUAUUUAGAUCUUUCAUAAGACCUUUGAAAAGGGAACCCUAAACACCUUUGUAUCAUCGUUGCCAGACAAAAAAUUAAAUUCAGAGAACUCAGUUGGCCUGCCAGCUUUUGUUGACUUUAUCUAGAUAUUUAUAUGUAGGAUCAUGUAAGCUACCAAAUGGCACAAACAAGCAUGCAACAAUUGCUUGUUGUUUAUAUUAGCUGUUUCAAACGGAAGGGAGUUCAGCGUGGCAGUUGAGAGAGUGUGGCCUGUCCUGUUCAGCCAAAUUUGAGUGACAACCCUGGGUUUUCUGUUUCCUUUUCUGCAAUUUUACUUACUUUAGUUUCCUCAUCUCUAAAAUCAGAGUUCAAAAUAGCUAUUCCUACUUCAUAAGGGGACUAAAGGUCACUCUGUAAAUGUGGCUUUUAUUGUUGAUGGCAGCCAGUCAUGGCUUGGCCCAGUGAUUUAACACUUUAGUGAAUGGGAGUCAGAGAUGACAAGUGGGAAAACAGGUCCUAGGAGGGAAGCAGCUUUGGCUUCAGUAGCAUAUUGAGAGGACACAAGAGAGGCAUAGCAAAACAAAACACCCUCUACCCACACCCACACCCACACCCACAACACCUCUCUGUUGGAAUACGCAUCUCUUGGGCACUAGGAGACACUUGCGUCUGUUUCUCUAAAGGGGGCUGUCAUCUUGGGGCUUUCUCCAUGGUUCAAAACAAUGACUGUCUGUCUGUGAGAAUUGCUUCUGUGUGCAUCUGUGUGUGUGUGUGUGUGUGUGUGUGUGUGUGUGUGUGUGUGUGUGGCACGCGCAUGCUUGUGUACUGACUUUGCAUGGAAAGAGUCAGAGAAGAUUCAAGGAAGCCCACAGCUCUUUGUUUGAAAGUUUGCAAAUGCCUGAGGGCAUCAAGAAUGUUCUAGAAAAGUCAAGACUGUUUAGAAUAUAGUAGAUUUUUGAAAGAAAGAAAAAAAAAGAUGAAUGGGGAUUCUCAAGUACGUUUUGUAGCUCAUGACUUCAUGUGCUAAUUAACUGACAAAAAAAAGAUAAAUUCAACAAAUACUUUAUGCCCUAUGUAUGAAAAUAUACAGUCAGAAGGAAUUUUGUUGCUUUGAGAGUUUCUGGUAAAUAAAAUAACUUUGCUUCAUUCUUUUAUUACUCAUGCUCUGACACAUGAAGUUUAUUUCAUGUAAAAUAUAUUUUACAUUAAAUCUGAUAAAUGCA